UCAUACUGUGUGUAAUAAUUUUCAAAAUAAUAAUACGAUUACGAUAAUGAAAAUUUGGUAGAAGUGGUAACCAUGCUGCAUUUAGGCAGAUAAAUACGUUUUUUUUUAUUUUAAAAACAAAUCUUAACGCGUAAUAUCACGAUCGAGCGAUGGGAGCAUUUCUUGAGAAACCUAAAACCGAUAAAUAUACAGAACAUGGAGCUGGCAACGGUCUUAGGUAUGGCGUUGCUAGCAUGCAAGGAUGGCGAGUGGAAAUGGAAGAUGCACAUAGAGCGGUAACAGGCCUUGGUGAUGGAAUGGAAGGAAGUUCGUUGAAUGAUUGGUCAUAUUUUGCGGUUUUCGAUGGGCAUGCGGGUGCAAAAGUAUCAGCACAUUGUGCGGAACACUUAUUAGAAUGUAUAAUGCAAACUGAAGAAUUUAGAGAGGAUGUUACGAAAGGAAUUCAUAGUGGUUUUCUUAGGUUGGAUGACACAAUGCGUUCACUUCCUGAAAUAUCAAGUGGUGAAGAUAAAUCUGGAUCAACAGCAGUAUGCGCUUUUAUAUCACCUAAACAAAUAUUUAUAGCAAACUGUGGUGAUUCACGUGCUGUCAUAUCACGUGAAGGCCGAACUGUAUUUAGUACACGAGAUCAUAAGCCUGGACUCCCACAAGAGCGUGAGCGUAUACAAAAAGCUGGUGGAUCAGUUUUAAUACAACGUGUGAAUGGAAGUCUUGCCGUAUCACGAGCCCUUGGUGAUUAUGAUUACAAAAAAGUGAUAGGUGUAGGACAAUGUGAACAAUUAGUAUCACCUGAACCAGAAAUAUUUGUUAGGGAUCGGGAGGAUAAUGCUGAUGAAUUUUUGGUAUUAGCAUGUGAUGGUGUUUGGGAUGUUAUGAGCAAUUAUGAUCUAUGUCAAUAUAUUCAUAGUCGUUUACAAGUCACCGAUGACCUAGAGGCGAUCGCAUCUCAAGUGAUUGAUACAUGUUUGUAUAAGGGAAGUCGAGAUAAUAUGAGUAUUGUUCUGGUUGUAUUUGAUGGAGCACCAAGUCCUUGUGUUGAAGCAAUACAACGAGAGCAACAUCUAGAACAAUGUUUGGAACGACGAGUAAAAGAAAUUGUUGAACAAGGUGACAAAGUUGAAUUCCAUCAUGUCAUAGAAAAACUUGAAAAAGAAGAUGUUCAACUUGGAUUGCCCCCAGGUGGUGGUUUAGCUGCAAAACUACCGUACAUAGUAACCAUAUUUAAAAAAAUUUGUCCGGAACAAGCAGAUAGUUAAUUGUACAGAAUUUGUGUAAGAAGACUGAAGGGAUCAGGAGUGGAGGACACUGGACUUGCUUGAUUUCAAUCAAGUUUUGGUAUUACCCAUCAUAUUUGGGAGAAAACUACAA